UGAACACAAGGAGAAGAAGAAGUGGUUUAUGUGACUAUAUACUUAGAUGCUCUGUUACUUUCAGUUUUGCACAUGCCCAAAGUUAGCAUGUAGUUUCGGUCACAUGAUGCCAAGCCUGAAGAGACGCCAACUGCCAGGAAACAAACCGCUCCGGAGUAAUAUAAAGACAGAGAUUUUAAGCUGAGAAGCAUUAAGACGUGUAAACAUGCUGAAUUUAAAGCCAAAAUUUGACCUGCACAGAGACGUGGUGUCGGACAUCCUGAGGAAGGAGGCGUCGGUCUGCAGGGUACAAGAAUACUCUGGAGCAGUGGACACUCGGAUCCUGAACAUUGAGAGGGACGGGGGCAUCCUUUACUCCUGGAAGGGAGCAACAGGGACUACCAGGAUCGGGAAAUAUGACCCCAACAACAAACAGAACAAGCCCCUGUACACGUUUGACAAGCAGGUGUGUGUCAGCAGCUGUUCCCUGAACAAGGAGGAGACGCUGUUAGCUGUCAGCUUGGCACAAAACACCAGAGGAGAGGAGCGCCUCAAACCAAUAUCCAAGUGUCUAACUCUUCUAAUUGAGACCAAUCACAUCAACAACACUAAAGUCCUGAAGGCAGUGGACUGCAGGGUCAAAGUGCAGUUCCUCCAUACAGAAACUGACAGGAGAUCAGUGCUGGAGAGCCACCUGCUGCUGCUGACGGAGGACGGAUAUGUGGAUCUUUACCAUGUUCUGCUGACAAAACAAGAGGGUUAUAGGGUGGUGAUGGCCAAUCCAGAGCGUUUGUCCAAAACUGCAGAGAGAAUAGUGGAGGACUUCUGCUGGGUCCAGUGGGACAGACACACGCAAAGAGUCUACUAUCUCACUCAUAAUGGAAGACACACACAGGAAAAGUUCCUGAUGCGAUGUAUUCAGUUUUACUCCAACCAUAAUUGCGAAACUGUGUUGGAGCUCCCAUUAGAGUUGCCUGCUAAUCUUUCUCGUACAGUCAAGUUUGUAAAUCUGGGUUUUGACCAUUAUCACACGGAGAGACCAGAGCAGGAGCUCAUUAGGAUGGAAGUGUUCACAAACAGAAUAGAAAGAGGCAUGUGCGUGUGCUACAGCCAGACUCUAAAAGACAAAAAGGAACUGAUCUACACUGUGGUUUUAGUCCACAAAGACUGCAGCAAGACAUACAGAGUAUCUCUGGGCAGCGACCAGUCGCCACAAAAAGCUGCACAGCCCCAUCCACUCUUUAUCCCUAUAGGUUAUCACAUCCUGGUGUAUCUGCAGGACUAUUUCCUCCAUUGUAUCAACACCAGGCAGCAGGAGAUGCUCUGUCACUCCCUCUUUCUCUCAGGUCUUGACGCAGACUUGGGCCUGCAGUGUCAGUCUGCUAACAUCACAGUGUUGCAUGCAGAAGAAGAGUCCAGUCCUAGUCUGCUGAACCUGGCCAGUGGGAGGAUCCACACUGCUGAGCUGAGCCCUGCCUUCCUGCUGCAGAUACUGAGAUCAGACACUCCCUCGAGGUGUUCCAGCGGUAAGACUGACCCUCAGCGCCUGGCUGCCCUCCACUACCUGCUGGUUUACAUGGGAAAUGACCCAAACCUGGAGCUGAAGGUCAUUGAAUGGCUGUGUGACAACGUGAAUGCCUUCGAAUCCUUUGAUCAGAUCCAGGAGUUCAUUCUCGCCUCUUUAUACAGAAUAAGCUAUGAGAAGUCUCUCAGCCUGGAUAAAGUCCUGCCUUACUCCUCUGUACUUGAUAAGAAGGAGAUUUCUGCGCGUCUCUUGGAGGUCCCUGGUGUGUUGUGUACCACCGAGUUGCAGAUUGAAUCUGUGUUCAAAGGCAAGGGUAGAACUCUCCAGGGUUUUUGGACAGAGCUGCAGUACAACACAGAGAGGACAAAAUGUUUGGACGCUGGUCCUAACCCCAGAUACAGAACCUCACACAUACAAGCCGACUGGGAGAAGCUGAGGUCUGAGAGGAGACCAUCCAGCAACAUGACUCACAUCGAGGAGAACACAAAGAAAGUUCUAUCAAUGGUGGACACCUGGUGUCUUGAUAAGAAGCUGGUGCCACUUUUCCAGGAGGAGGACCAUCAACAGAGGGCGCUCAUAGGCCUGACGGUUGACAAGCUUCGAGAGCAUCUCAACAGACACCUGCCUCGACUGGGGAAGAAGAAGAUUGACUCGCUGGUUGUCAACUACGUAGCCAAACUGCUGGAGCUGAUCAGACACAUGCUGGAGUCAGUCUGGCUGAAAUACAAACUCGGCCCUCGUGUUUUGUGCUUGAUGCAGCAGGGCAGUCCAGCAGAGUGGUCGGUGUUUCACUUCAUGUUUCGCAUCCUGGAAGCCACGAGGGGUCUCUGCCUGCCCCUUCCACCUGGCUAUCACACCCUGUUAGCAGUGUUUGCUGUGCGCUGCCUCCCUCAUCACACCUUUCUACAGUACAUUGACCACGGCUUCCUGCAGCUCACUGAAACCUUUGUGUCGCGGCUCAUGACAGAUUUGGACAACAGUGAUGCCAACGAGAGACUGAAGUUCAGCAUACUGAAGAGACUCCCCGAGCCUAUGGAGCAGAGGAUCUACCAUAUGUGGGACCAUCCUGUCAGUUCGGCAUCAAUCUCCAGAGAUUACGUCAGGACGCUGCUGGAGAAACACAGCAAAAACAUGGGAUUUGCAUUCACUGGCAGAGACAAGCCCGGCUUCAGACCUGAGUUUCUGCCUCUUACCUACCUGGCAAAAAUGCUCUCUGAUAUCGAGGAACAAGCUCUGAACCCUUUCGAGGAGCAGGAGAACGUGGACGCCAGGUUUGUGGAGGAGACGGCUCUGAAACAGACACAAAUACUGCUGGGCUUUGAGGAAAAAUGAAGGAUGUGGAGGGGAGCGGGAGGGCGGAGAGGGAUGGGGGGAGAAACAGAUGAGGAGGAAAAUGCGUUUGAGAGAAGAGUCAUCAUUGACUGGGCCUUGAGGAUAAGUAACGGAUGGGUAGAUGAUGGAGGGACGGAGGGCGAGAAGUGAAAGAUGAAUGGAGAGAUUGAAAGGCAGGGUGCUCAUAAACAAGCUCUCUCUCCGUGAUGACAGAUAAGGGUGGGGCCGGAGGAUAGAUGGAUGGAGACGCCCAAAAAAGAAAAACAUGAAAGGGAGAAUAUGUGGCAGAAUGGAUGAAAAAAAGUCACCCUGUUUUUCUGACAUGUACUGACACGUGCGAGGGACUCUGCAAAAAAUGAUAACACAACGGGGAGCACAGUUAGAUCUUCAGUUAGUGGUUUAAUUCAAUUUCAGGAAACGUGCUUUUCAAAUUUUUAUUGAAAAUCAAUAACUGCAGGCAGCUAUUUAUCUGAACCCAAUCUCUGUAGCAGCAACGAUUCUCUCCACAACUUUUCCAUUUUCUCUCAUACAAUUUAUGAACAUUGAUGUCAAAUACUGCAAACAGUAUAAAUCAAAAUCUUGUUUUAUCCCUCUGUGCCUCCUGUAAUGCCGCUGCACCCCAUCAACUUGAUUACAUGCUGAAAAAAGGCUUUGUGGACAAAGUAGUCAAUCAGUUCCUGCUAUGCAUUUAAUCUGGUAUUAACUCUGAGUUAUACACAGUGUUUGCAGCUGAAAGGGGCACAGGUGUGUAGAAUCCCAUUUCUGUCUGUAUGAUGAAAAAGGAUUCUGUUUAGUCUUUAUAAUUCUUUGAGAAACUUUCUCAAAAUAAUAAGUUAGUAUUUCAAAAUGAGAAACUUUCUCAGAAUGACAAAGUAAUUCGAAACAUAAUCAA